UUUAUUUUCUUCUUCCUUCAGUCACCUGGAUAACCAUCACCUGUGGGACCCCAACGAGUUUGCAGUUUCCUGCUUCAGAAUCAUCAUGUACUCCAUCCAGGCUCAGCACUCGCACCACGUGAUCCAGCAGGUUCUGAACCACCUCGACACUAACAACAAGAACACGCCGCGGGUCAGAGCCGGCAUCGUCCAGGUGCUCCUGGAGACGGUGGCCAUCGCCGCCAAAGGAUCUGUGGGGCCCACCGUGCUGGAGGUGUUCAACACUCUGCUCAAACACCUGAGGAUGAGCGUGGACUUUGAGCUGGGCGACAGCUCGAGGAGGAACUCCGCCUCCAGCGUUUCGUCCGUCCGCGGUAAAGAGAGCGAGGAGCGGAUCGUCCAGAACGCCAUCAUCCAGACCAUCGGCUUCUUCGGUGGAAAUCUGCCAGACUACCAGCGAGCUGAAGUCAUGAUGUUCAUCAUGGGCAAAGUGCCAGUGUACGGGACGCCCUGCCACGCCUUGGACACAGUCAAGAUUGGUUCCCAUAUUUCUGUCCCCUUUGUUUCUUUCUUUGCUUCUGGUCCUGCGUCGACCCUGAAGCACGGCCAGCAGCUCUACCGUCACAUCUAUCUGGGCUGCAAAGAGGAAGAUAACGUCCACAAAAACUUUGAGCUGCUCUUCACCACCCUCGCCAUUCUGACCAUCGAACUGGCCAACGAGGAAGUGGUCAUCGACCUCAUUCGACUCGCCAUCGCGCUGCAGGAAAUGGCUCUUACCAACGAAGAGAACCUGCCCAUGUUUAUCCGCUGCGGCAUCAUGGCGUUGGUGGCCGCGUACCUCAACUUCCUGAGUCAGAUGAUUGCCAACCCGCCCUUCUGCCAGCAUGUCAGCAAGGUUAUUGAGUUGAGGAACAUGGAUGCUCCUUACCUCCUCCCAGAGCACAUCUUCAGAGACAAGUGUCCGCUUCCUGAAUCUUUGGACAAAGAGGACAGCCAGCUGUACUUCCAGACGGCCGACAUGGCCGAGUGUUUGGCCGGGCCGGGCUACAACGCCGAGCGCCUCUCCAUCCCCUACGUUCCUCAGGUCACAGGUGUAGAACGUCUGUCCAGGAGGCCGAGUUUCGUGGACACCGUCUCCCUCCAAGUGGACAUCAUUUCCAACAGCCUUCCAGAAAAGUCGCAGCUGGCUGAGGAGAUCACGUUUGAGACCCUGAAGAAGGCCAUCGACACCACCGGUUUGGAGGAGCAGGAGAGGGCGAAGAGGCGCCAGGUGAUGGAGAAGUUCCAGAAAGCGCCGUUCGAGGAGAUCGCCGCCCACUGCGAAUCCAAGGCAAACAUGCUGCACGACCGGCUCGCACAAAUCUUUGAACUCACAAUCAGGCCUCCUCCCAGCCCGUCCGGAGUGGUUUCCAUCUCAGCGGGACACACCCAGCAUCAGUCCGUCCCCGUCUACGAGAUGAAGUUCCCAGACCUGUGUGUCUACUGAACGCACACAUCCACAAACCAGCUCACACGCAACAUUGAAAAUGCACAGCAAGAACAACACACUCACAUCUGCACUCCAGUCUCCUCCGUUCAGGUGGCGGGGACGCCGUCAGGGACGAAGUUGAAAUCCCGUUUCCCGUCUUCACUCAAACCUGCGUUAAUCUGAUUGGCUACACUUUGUUUCCUGACUCGCGUCCCUGAAGCCAAACUGAACUUUUGAGUCACCGAGAACAAAAAAACAACAACAAAAAACCAUAAACUGCUUCCACUCUGA